AUGGUCGAAGACAAAUACGUUGGCCUGAUACUGGCUGUAUCAUCUUCGCUUGCCAUUGGUACGAGUUUCGUUAUCACGAAGAAGGGUCUGAAUGCCUCCGCUGAGAAACAUGGCUUUGAUGGAGACGGUUUCUCAUACUUGCAAAACCCCACCUGGUGGGCCGGUAUUGUCACGAUGGUUCUGGGAGAGAUAUUCAACUUCGCUGCAUACGCGUUUGCGCCCGCGAUCCUGGUGACUCCGCUCGGUGCUCUGUCGGUACUGAUUGGCGCCGUCUUGGGGUCCUAUUUCCUUCAAGAAUACCUGGGCGUACUCGGCAAGAUUGGUUGCGCGAUUUGUCUGAUAGGAUCCGUCAUCAUUGUGCUCCAUGCGCCGCCGGACGAGGAAGUCGAGUCUGUCGAUAAGAUCCUCGACUAUGCGAUACAGCCGGGCUUCCUGAUUUACUGCGUCUUUGUCGCCGCCUUCUCCAUCUUCAUGAUCUACAACAUCGCACCAAAAUACGGCAGAAGAAAUCCGCUCAUCUACCUCUCCAUCUGCUCGACGACCGGCUCGGUAUCGAUUAUGGCCAUCAAAGCAUUCGGCAUUGCGCUCAAAAUGACAUUUGCUGGGAACAACCAGUUCACACACCCUUCUACUUAUGUCUUCAUAAUUAUUACCGUCGGCUGCAUUUUGACGCAGAUGAACUACUUCAAUAAGGCUCUCAGCCAGUUCUCAACCAACAUUGUUAACCCGCUUUACUACGUUACCUUUACCACCUGCACGCUCGUUGCUUCCUUCCUGCUCUUCCGCGGUUUCAACACCACCUCCGCCGUAAACACCAUUUCGCUUCUCUGCGGCUUCCUCGUCAUCUUCUCGGGCGUCUAUCUCCUCAAUCUCUCGCGCGAUGAUCCGGACGGCAACCGUGCUCUGGGCAAUAAUUUCAGCGAUGGUGUGCCUACAGAUGGCAUCUCAGGCUUCCCCACAAGGCGAAGCAUGCAGCUGCGACGCAGUACCGAUUCUAAUUUCCGGAGCCCUGCGCUUCCCUUCUUGGGCGGCCAUGGGAACGGGAGCCGGCAAAGCCUAGGAGAGAGGAGAGCCAUGAUGCACGAUUACGAUAUCGAGAACAACCAUUUUGAGCUGGGUGACCUGGCAAGUGAUGAGGACGAGACAGGUGGACGCAAGAGGACGAGCUUUGACGAAGAAGAUGAUGUUGGCUUGAACGGACGCCGACCGAGCGGCAGUGUGAGAGCCAAGAAAGAAUCUGUACGACCGAAUGGGAAGGGCCAGGCUCGGUAG